AGAAAGGAUGACAGGAUCAAUAGAGAAGAUGAAGAAGGCAUAUAUAUUGGCAAAGAGAUAUGAAUGGGAAGAGUUUGGAAAAUUCUUCCGGGAAAACAAGGAGCUAUUGGACAAGGAAAUUGAUCUGCACAAGAGCACUGCAUUCCACUAUGCUGCACACUGCGGGAGGCCAAGCAUGUACAAGGAGAUGCUAGAGAUGGUGGAUGAUCCAGUAGGAAUCCAACACGUGCUGAGGUUGCAGGAUGACAUGGGGAACACGCCGCUUCACGAGGUGGCCUUUGUCGGAGAGGUGGAGAUGACUGACCACAUACUAAAGUACAAUGAUGAUGAUAGUGAACAGUUUAAACCCUUGCUGUUCAUGAAGAACAACCUUGGUGAGACUCCUGUUUAUAGAGCUGCUGCACUUGGCAAGACCAAGUUGCUUCAACACUUUGUUUGUGUCUUGAACAUUGACUUAAGCCCACAUUUUCACCGAAAUGAUAGUAUGUCCAUUCUUCACACUGCUGUUAUUGACCAAUUCUUUGGCACCGCUUUAUGGCUAUUGAAAAGGUAUGGGGAUGAGCUUGCUGAUCUAAAGGAUGACAGUGGACUAACAACUCUUCAAUUGCUAGCAACAAUGCCUUCUACAUUUAGGAGUCAAACCCAAAUGGGAGCCUUCAAAAAUUUCAUAUAUCCUAUGCUUCCUAAGUAUCAAGAUUAUCAAUUCUACCAAGAUGAGGAACCUAUUAAGAGAAGGGAAGACUUAGAAAGUGGUGAGAAAGGCAUAAAUCAAUGGUCUCACCCAUACCAAGGGAAUCACUCAGCUUUCUUUUGGUUGUGGUAUUCUAUGUGGAAGGCUAUGGCCAAAGAAUGGAAGGGGAUUGAAAAACUUUGGAGGAAAAAAGAAAUGCACAAGUUAGCAGAGGAACUUGUUCGCUUAUUAGCAGAGAAAGACAAAUCAUGGCAACAGACCUCUAUUGCAACAGACAGGACAGUUUCCAUGGGAAGUGCAGGUUCUUUCAAAAGGGAACAAAAAGGAAAAGAGAAAAAAGAUCAAGCAUCAGAAAAACAAGAAGAGAAAUCAAAGGAUCAGCAAAAGCAUGCUGAGAAACCUGCUUAUACACCAUUGCUUAUGGCUGCUUGCAAUGGAAUCCUGGAGAUAGUUGAAGUAAUAAUUCGUUUUCAUCCUCAGUCAAUCGAGCACGUUAGUGACGACGAGCAGAAUAUAUUGUACAUGGCUGUCAAACACCGGCAACUGGAGGUUUAUAGGCUGUUGAAGAAACUGAAGAUGGUGAGAAGGCUUGCAGGGAAAAUAGACAAGUUAGGGAACACUGUCCUACAUUACACUGCAGAGUUUCAAGGGGGACACCAACCUGGCUAUGCUCUCCAGUUACAAGAGGAGUUACAUUGGUUUGAACGCAUAGAAAAGAGGCUGCCUUACCAUUACACCAUCCACUACAACAAGGAGGAUAACAAAACCGCAAAGCAACUUUUCCAGGAAAGGCAUAACGACCUGUUGAGGGAAGCUCGCAAUUGGAUAAAAGAAACAGCUCAGUCAUGCUCUGCGGUGGCUGUCCUUGUGGCCACCGUGGUGUUCGCAGCAGCCUACACUGUCCCCGGAGGGACGGACGACAAUGGCCUCCCUAGGUUCCUCCAUCACCCCAUUUUCUUGGUGUUCACAAUCAUGGAUGUUGUGUCUCUGGCAAGCUCAUUGGCUUCGGUUGUUAUGUUCCUCUCAAUCCUCACAUCUCCCUGUGAGAUGUGGGAUUUCCGGAGCUCUCUGCCGCGAAAACUAAUGGCAGGUUUCGCCUUCUUGUUCUUCUCAAUGGCCACAACAAUGAUGUCGUUCAGUGCAACUGUUCUUAUCAACAUCAAGUUGGAGAAGAACAAAUGGACUUCAACAUUGACUUACAGUGCAGCUUUCUUCCCUGUCAGCAUAUUUGCAAUGAUGCAAUUCCCUUUGUAUGUUGCCAUGAGAGGAUGUCUUAGGAGCACCCUCAAGAGGCUUAAGAAGAUCACUCCUCGCUACAUCCGCAAUCUCCUCAAAAGGAGUAAGAGAAAGAAAAUAUGGGAUAUUUGAAUUGGAUAGAUUAAUAUAAGAUGCAAGAAUAUAUGUUUCAUUGGAGAGUAGAAAUACA